CAAUGCAGCUCUAGUGGGCGGGGCCCGCUGCGGCAAGGGCGAGAGAAGGCCAGCUCGGAACAGGAUGGCGGAUGAGACGCCUGAACCUCGGCGUGUGGGCUUCGUAGGUGCUGGUCGCAUGGCGGAAGCCAUUGCCCAAGGCCUCAUCCGAGCAGGCAAAGUAGAAGCAAAGCAAGUGCUGGCCAGUGCACCAACAGACAAGAACCUCUGCCACUUCAGGGCUCUGGGUUGCCAGACUACUCACUCCAACCACGAGGUGCUGCAAAACUGCCCACUCGUCAUCUUUGCCACCAAACCCCAAGUCCUGCCAGCCGUUCUGGCAGAAGUGGCCCCUGUUGUCACCACUGAGCACAUCAUUGUAUCCGUGGCUGCUGGGAUCUCUCUGAGCUCUAUGGAGGAGCUGUUACCCCCAAAAACACGAGUACUGCGAGUCUCUCCCAAUCUACCCUGCGUAGUUCAGGAGGGGGCUAUGGUGAUGACACGAGGCCACCAUGCUGGGAAUGAAGACGCCAAGCUCCUACAGAACUUGCUGGAAGCUUGUGGGCAGUGCAUAGAGGUUCCUGAGUCCUACGUCGAUAUCCACACUGGCCUCAGCGGCAGUGGUGUGGCCUUUGUGUGUACAUUUUCGGAGGCCCUGGCUGAAGGCGCCAUCAAGAUGGGCAUGCCCAGUGACCUGGCCCACCGCAUUGCUGCUCAGACCCUGCUGGGGACAGCCAAAAUGCUGCAGCAGGAAGGGAAGCACCCAGCCCAGCUGCGGACUGAUGUGCUCACACCAGCUGGAACCACCAUCCACGGGCUUCAUGCCCUAGAGCAGGGCGGUUUUCGAGCAGCUGCCAUGAGUGCUGUGGAAGCAGCUACCUGCCGGGCUAAAGAGCUCAGCAAGAAGUAAGGCAAGGCCUCAGACGAGACUACAGGCUCCUUGCCCAUCUGCAGGCUCUGUGGUGAGAAUAGCCCUGCGUGGGUGUUGUAUUGGGCGGUCCUCUGAGCCUAACGGCCAUAGUCUUCAUCUGAGAAGCUGUGAUUACCCGUAAGAUACCAU